AUGGGGGCCCCUGCUACAAACUCAGAGACAAUCCACGUUGUCUACAAAGCUGACAACCGCCAACAUGCCGUGGUGAACCUUGAUUCGUCACUGGAUGAAGAGCUGCCUGUCUCGGCGCUCCGUGCGCGACCUAUACUUCUUGGGUUGACUUCCAACAACCUCAGCUACGCCCGUGGAGGGGAUUUACUGCAUUGGUGGGAAACGUAUCCGGUUCCACAUACCGCCCCGCCCCCAUACAACGAUCAGGCUUCCUGGGGUAUUGUUCCGGCUUGGGGAUAUGCCACCGUCACCGAGAGUAGUGUUCCUGGGAUCGCGCCAGAUUCUGUCAUCUGGGGAUACUGGCCGACUUCAACGUCGCCCACUCUCUUGCGCUUAGAACCCAGUGAUCUUCAAGGUCACUGGGUGGAGGUCAGCAGCCAUAGACAACAGCUGAUGCCCAUAUACAAUCGCUACGAACAAAUUCUUCCCGAGGAGGAAGGGCUGGAUGAGAUGGCGUGGGGUGCCCUCCUCCGAGGGGUCUGGAUCACCGGAUACCUGCUGAGCGAGUACGUGUUUUCUCCUGGCCCGCGAGCACGAGUACCAGUCCACCCACUUGGCGCUGCUAGUAAACUUCCCUGGUCUGCGGGAGACGCGGAUCUCUCGUCUGCUGUUGUAGUGGUUUUGGCUGCCUCAACCAAGACUGCUCGAUCCAUUUCAUGGUGUCUUUUUAAUCGGCCCAGGGAAAGUGGUCCCCUGGGAUUGGUCCAGGUUACUUCAUCGCCUGCUGCUUUGCAAGAGGUAGCGGCCAAAAAAGGCUGGGGGGAUGUGUCCAAGUCUUUGGCAUAUACAGAGAUCCACCAAGCUACCAGGUGGAUUGAGGGUCGACGGCCAUCAAAGGUGGUGUAUACGACGGAGGAAGUUCAGGCAGCUCGUGCAGCUAUGCAAUCAAUGGGGAAGAUCCAGUACAACACCUCUGGCGUUCAGGACACACUCAUCGACCGGGAGGGGGCUGCAACAUAUUUCGGAAAGAUCUCGCGCAGGUGGAAGGUUUGGUUAGCGGACCGUGACUCCGCCAUCCCAGACAUGCAUUUAGUCAGGGGACAGGGCAUUGCUGGAGAGAAUGGAAUCUAUGGGGGAUGGGAACGACUGUCAAAUGGUGCAGUGCGCCCUGAAGAGGGAUUGGUUUAUGCCCUGUAG